AAACACAGGUAAAGGGAGGGAGACCAGAGGGUUACUUGCAGAGCCAGCAGGGAGCUGGGCAGCUCCUUCCCAGACACUGUGGGGACUGGGGACCCUGCGUCUCUCUCCAGAUGGAAAGGUGACAUGACCUCACGGUAGACCCCAGAACUGAGGUCCCAGGAUGACAGAGCCCGAACACCUGGCCCUGCUGGAAGUGAAGGGGCCAGAGGCCCAGGAGAAGAGCUCACCCCAAGCCUUGGUCCCCAAUGGCCGGCAGCCAGAAGGGGAAAGUGGGGCCGAGUCCCCCAGCGCUGAGCCCUCCAGCGUGGGAUCUUCAGCUGGGUCUCCCACAGCUGGAGAGGGGACAAAGGAUGGUCUGGACAGCACAGUGAGCGAGGCUGCCACCUUGCCCUGGGGGACUGGCCCCCAGGCCACUGCCCCAUUCCCGGACCCCCCCGGCUGGCGGGACAUGGGGCCUGAGCUCCUGGAGUCGGAGCCGCCUGGCAAACCAGAGGAGCUGUGUGACGAUGACGUGGACCUGCUGCCCGAGAAGGCGCCACGGGCCUUUGUGCCCAUCGACCUGCAGUGCAUCGAGCGGCGGCCCCAGGAGGACCUUGCUGUGCGCUGUGAGGCCGGUGAGGCAGAGCGCCGCCGGACCUUCCUGCCCACCCGAGCCACCCCUCCUGAGCCCUCAGAGCGCAAGUGGGCCGAGGCCGUGGUGAGGCCACCCGGCCGCUCCUGUGGGGGCUGCGGGGGCCACGAGGGGCUGAGGGCUGUGGCCUCCGUGGCAGCCGCCCUGGUCCUCUUCCCCUGCCUGCUGUACGGGGCGUACGCCUUCCUGCCCUUCGAUGCCCCUCGGCUGCCCACCAUGAGUUCCCGCCUCGUCUACACGCUGCGCUGCGGGGUCUUCGCCACCUUCCCCAUCGUGCUGGGCCUCCUUGUGUACGGGCUGAGUCUGCUGUGCUUUUCCGCCCUGCGGCCCUUUGGGGAGCCCCGGCGGGAGGUAGAGAUCCACCGGCAGUACGUGGCCCAGUCGGUCCAGCUCUUCAUCCUCUACUUCUUCAACCUGGCCGUGCUUUCCACCUACCUGCCCCAAGACACCCUCAAACUGCUCCCUCUGCUCACUGGCCUCUUCGCCAUCUCCCGGCUGAUAUACUGGCUGACCUUCGCCGUGGGCCGCUCCUUCCGAGGCUUUGGCUACGGCCUGACGUUCCUGCCCCUGGUGUCCAUGCUGGUGUGGAACCUCUACUACAUGUUCGUGGUGGAGCCGGAACGCAUGUUCACCGCCACCGAGAGCCGCCUGGACUACCCCGACCACGCCCGCUCCGACUACAGGCCCCGCCCCUGGGGCUGAGCCGCCCCGCCCCCUCGCCCCCAGCCUGGAACCUCCGCGGGACAAACCCGCUGCUGCCCCGACAGGGUCCCAUCCAGUGAGCUUGGACUGUCCCCCCAUCUCCAAGUCGGCGCCGCCCUUCGCCUUUGGAGCCCGGGAUAAUCCUGAGGGAGGGACGCGGGGAAGGGGUGGACAGCCAUGUCCCUUAAGGAUGCUGAGGUCACGGGGCUCCGACCGCGGCCACUAGGGCCCACCAGUGCCUGGCUCUGCUCCUCUCCGGCCUCCUGCGAGGCAGACGCACAGCCCAAACCCUGACAUUUCCGUGCGGUGGUCCAAGCAGAGGGCCUCAAGGAGACUGGCAGUACUGCGCAUGCCCAGAGAGAAAGGCCGGGCGGCAGAUCAAACAGGACUUGCUCGCUGCGUAAAAACCUGCUGGGGGCCUGGGUUCACGACCCUCUACGACGGACCCUCAAGGCCCUUUAGCCGCAGACAAGACUAUUACAGCUGCCCCAGCUCAGAGCUGCUGCCUCCUCCCUUCCAACCCUGUAACGCCCCCCCACACACUGCCCGGGAGAGGAGAGGAACCGCCCCCCACGGGUGUAUGAAUGUGUGUGUGUGUCCGUGUGUGUGUCCAUGUCCACGCAUGUGGUGGCUGGCAGGAGCUGGAAGGCACAGUGGCUAGUGUUCACCCCAUGUGAAUAUGUGUGUGUAACAAUAAAUGAGUACCACAGCCUUA